GUUGAGUGACGUACAUGUCGACCAAUAGGAAAAGCAGGAAUUUCCGGAGAGGGCCAGCUCGGUUUAAAGAUAUCCAAUCAAAAGAGUUAAUUAAAAAACGUCAUCACAAAUAGCCAAUAGAAAACCAGAAAUUGACAGGCAGGAGGCGAGCUUUAACUUACCGGUGCAGAUCGGAUGUAGUCUCUCCUGACCGGAUAAUGUUUGAGGAAGUUUUGUUUUUCGACUUUUUCGUCCUCUUCGAUUGACUGAACGAUUAGCAAAUGUCUUCAGAAGAGCACGGGAUGUUCGCCGUGUGAAUUACAUGCCGAGAACCGCUCUACUCCUAUUUUCUUCCUCUUCGAGGGAAGAAAAAAAGUCUUGGCUCUUUGAAGUAGACUUCACAGGCACUGUAUUGCGGUGAGCACUUCGUCGCUAACGUCGUCGAGCUAACAUUAGCCUCCGCUUGUUCUGCGCUGUGCGGAGGAGCUCCCCCGAGCCAACGAAGCCAUGGGGAACCGGGGCAUGGAAGACCUGAUUCCCCUCAUCAACAAGCUCCAGGACGCCUUCAGCUCCAUCGGGCAGAGUUGCAAUUUGGACCUUCCUCAGAUUGCCGUGGUCGGAGGGCAGAGUGCUGGGAAAAGCUCCGUUUUGGAGAAUUUUGUCGGCAGGGACUUUCUUCCACGAGGAUCUGGCAUUGUUACCCGCAGACCUCUCAUUUUGCAGCUGGUCAACAAUAAAGCAGAAUAUGCCGAAUUCCUGCACUGCAAGUCAAAGAAGUUUGUGGAUUUUGAAGAGGUGCGUGCAGAAAUUGAAGCGGAGACCGACAGGAUUACGGGCUCCAACAAAGGCAUCUCCAACAUCCCAAUUAACUUGAGAGUCUUUUCUCCUCAUGUUUUGAACCUGACGCUGAUCGACCUUCCGGGAAUGACCAAAGUCGCCGUGGGAGACCAGCCAGCGGACAUCGAGCAUCAGAUCAGAGAAAUGCUGAUGCAGUUCAUCACCAAGGACAGCUGUCUGAUCCUGGCCGUCACGCCCGCCAACACUGACUUGGCCAACUCGGACGCCCUGAAGAUCGCCAAGGAGGUGGACCCGCAAGGUGUGCGCACAAUCGGCGUCAUAACAAAACUGGACCUGAUGGACGAGGGGACGGACGCAAAGGACAUCCUCGAAAACAAGCUUUUGCCACUGCGAAGAGGGUACAUUGGCGUGGUGAACCGGAGUCAGAAAGACAUUGACGGCAAGAAGGACAUUCGUGCUGCUUUGGCGGCCGAGAGGAAGUUCUUCCUGUCACAUCCUGCCUACAGGCACAUGGCGGAGCGGAUGGGGACGCCGCAUCUUCAAAAGGCUCUCAACCAGCAACUGACCAAUCACAUCAGAGACACACUUCCAGGUCUGCGCAGCAAACUGCAGAGUCAGAUGCUCUCGCUGGAGAAGGAAGUGGAGGAGUACAAGAACUUCCGUCCAGAUGACCCAACACGCAAGACCAAGGCCUUGUUGCAGAUGGUGCAGCAGUUUGGUGUGGACUUUGAGAAGUGCAUCGAAGGCUCCGGAGACCAGGUGGACACCAACGAGCUGUCUGGAGGUGCCAAGAUCAACCGCAUCUUCCAUGAACGCUUCCCGUUUGAGUUAGUCAAGAUUGUAUUUGAUGAGAAGGAGCUGCGGCGGGAAAUCAGUCACGCAAUCAAGAAUGUUCAUGGCGUCAGAACGGGGCUCUUCACCCCCGACCUGGCUUUCGAGGCGAUAGUCAAAAAGCUGAUCCUCAAACUCAAAGAGCCCAGUCUCAAAUGUGUGGACCUGGUUGUGUCCGAACUCACCGCACUGGCCAUGAAGUGCGCCGUUAAGCUCACUUCCUACCCAAGGUUGCGGGAGGAGACGGAGAGGAUUGUGACCACUCACAUCAGAGAAAGGGAAGGAAAGAGCAAGGACCAGGUUCUGCUGCUGAUUGACAUUGAACUGUCCUACAUCAACACCAACCACGAGGACUUCAUUGGCUUUGCUAAUGCGCAGCAGAGGAAUACAGCAGCGAACAAGAAGCGGGCCAUGCCCAACCAGGGUGAAAUUCUGGUGAUAAGGAAAGGCUGGUUGACCAUCAACAUUAGCAUCAUGAAGGGGGGCUCCAAGGAGUACUGGUUCGUCCUCACCGCAGAGUCCCUGUCGUGGUACAAAGACGAGGAGGAAAAAGAGAAGAAGUACAUGCUGCCCCUGGAUAACCUGAAGAUCAGAGACGUGGAGAAAGGCUUCAUGUCCACAAAGCACAUCUUUGCAAUUUUCAACACAGAGCAGCGGAACGUGUAUAAGGAUUUGCGGCAAGUAGAGCUAGCAUGCGACUCUCAGGAGGAUGUGGACAGCUGGAAAGCGUCCUUCCUCAGGGCCGGCGUUUACCCAGAGAAGGAUCAGACGGAGAACGAGGAGGCGGCCCCGACGGACACCUUCUCCAUGGACCCUCAGUUGGAGCGUCAGGUGGAAACCAUCCGCAACCUGGUGGAUUCCUACAUCGGCAUCAUCAACAAAUCCAUCAGGGACUUGGUACCCAAGACCAUCAUGCACCUUAUGAUCAACAGCGCGAAGGACUUCAUCCACUCUGAACUGCUGGCCUACUUGUACUCGUCGGCCGACCAGAACAGCCUCAUGGAGGAGUCUGCCGACCAGGCGCAGCGCAGGGACGAAAUGCUGCGCAUGUACCACGCCCUCAAGGAGGCGCUGCACAUCAUCGGAGACAUCACCGCCAGCACCAUCAGCACGCCCGUGCCCCCGCCUGUAAAUAACACCUGGAUACAGGAGGCCAGCCCAACCCCUCAGCGUAGGCCGCCCCCAUCUGCAGCCCCGCCCCCCAACCGCCCGCCCGCCGUCCGCGGCCCGACGCCCGGACCCCCCAUCAACCCUUCACCGGUUUUCGGGGCCGUUCCGCACAACCCGUCUCCGGGCUUCGGCGCCCCUCCCAUCCCUUCUCGGCCUGGCCCUGCGCCCGCGGGCUUCAACAACCUACAGGACCCCUUCAGCGCACCCCCGCAGAUUCCCUCCCGGCCCGCACGUAUCCCACCCGGCGUUCCCAGCCGAAGACCCCCUGGUGCUCCCUCUCACCGUCCCACCAUUAUCCGCCCUGCCGAGCCCUCACUGCUAGACUAGACCUCGUGGGCCGACCCCCACCCUAAUUCUCUUCUGUGUGUGUGUGUGUGUGUUCUGAUGGAGGAGGUGAUGAUUCCCCACCACAUGCACGUAGGACGCAUUUCAAAUGAAUCCGCUCAAAGUCUCGCUGUAACAUGGAGUCCGUUUCCCUCAUUAACUUCCCGCUCAACCGAUCAGCAGAGCACAUUAACGGAGCAAAAUAAUAAAAAGGCCGUCGAUGUCCGCUCAACGGGUUGCAAAGGAAUGAUUUGACACCCCAUAGCGUGUUUCGUUAUUGAAAAAUCCAAAUAAAGGUGACGCAGAUGAGAUGACGAAAAAGUAGAGAUGGCCACCAUGAUAAUAUUUUUCAUUCUCUGCAGUGCUGCGGUUAGAUACGAGCGUAUUAUUUAUUUUUUUUUUUAUUAUGACUACCACUAGGUGACAUGUCAAUUAUAUGAGACAGGUUAUUUUAAAAAUUGAGUUUGCCAUAAGGCCAUGGAAAAUGCAAACUUUUUUUUUUUUUUUCCUUGUCUUUGUUGUUAAACGGUAAUAACGUACUCAUGUUUGCUAGCAAACACACGCACACACACAUAUUCCUUUACUUAUUGUCUAAAUGAGCAAAUAUGUCCUUUAUUAAAGAAUAAAACAGAUGCUAAAUGUGGCCCGUCAACGCCCCCAGUAGGCGACCGUGUGCACUUUCCAGCCGGCGGCGGCGUGCUUUUUUGACUUUGUCGCCCUCCUUUUCUAUGCAUUCGACCUCUUGUAAAAAUCGAGAACGGGGAGGUCAGCAUUUGUACAUCAACGCGCUUUAGAUUCCUAACGGGAGAGCGGCAGGCGCUAACGCUGCAUGUGUCAUGUGACUAACUUUUAUUUAUAACCCGUCGUGUAUCGGUUGCAAGUGGGGGGGGGGGCUUAUUUGUUUGCUUUUAAUUCAGGGUUUCCCAAACUGCUUUGACUCGGCCUAACGUGUCUUCGUUAUAUACUGUACAUAAACUACUAAUGAGUACAAGAAACGUGAUUGCCGAUCGCUGGAACCAGGACACGACAGGACAGUUAAGUGACAAUCGGGGAGCCGCUAAAAAUGGAGUCUGGGAAGCCCUGCUUUAUUAAAUCAUAUGUGGGUUGUGGUGGGGAGGGGCUACUUGUCUAAUGGUGGUGGUAAUUUUGGUCAUCUUGCCUGCAGUAUCUUUUUUUUUUAAUUACAAAAAUAAACACGCCUUCAAUUAUGUCAUAUUAUUUAAAGCAGGGGUGUCUUCUUUUUCUUCCUAGGGCCACCAUACAGAAAUUUGAAAGCAUCUUCGGUAUCUUGAGUAUAUUUUCUGUCUAAUUUUCAUUUGAAGAACAAAACAAAUAAGAUUUUUUUCAACAAUUUCUUUAACAUUGGCAACUUUGAAAUUCUUCACCUUGAGUUGAUUUAAUACGCUAAUUCGGUCCAUCACUGUAGGUAACGUUUUCAUCAACUAUUUUUUUCAUUUUUAGUGUUCUAUAGGCUUAUCAGAAUCCGCUUUAUUGGUUAAGUAUGUAACAACACACAAGGAAUUUGUCUUUGGCAGUAGGUUCGGCCCUAGUACGACACAUGUUGAGUAUAAAAAAGAAGAGGCACGCAACAUAUUUACAUGAGAAAAGAAAAUGUAGGUAAUAAAAAGAGAAUUAUUCUGGGUUUGGGUUAGUGCCACAGACUACUCAGAUAACCUUGGUGUCACCCUUUUACUAACUGAUGUGUGAUUGGUUAAAUACCAGGAAAUGAGGCGAUGAGAGCCACCUUUUCAUUGUAGAGGCUGCACCUUUUUUACUGACUGUGAUUGGUUAAAAACCAGGAAGUGAGGCAAUUUUCAUCGUAGAGGCUUCGCGUACACUUUUCUGGCAAGCAGCACGGCCUAUUUCCAAAUUUUUGAUUUAAUCUAAAACACGGCUCGCCAAAAACCAGAUUGGCAAUCCACAAAUGGCUUGUAGUUAGGACACCACUGCCUGAAAUUACGCAGUUGUCAACACGCACCGAGCUCACAAGAUGGCGCUGCCCCCUUGAUGGUUUCAUGUCGCCGUUGUACAACCCAAAAGUGGCGUCAUCACAGUCAGGUUGGAACGGUGUGCUUUGUCUUUAUGUUGUCAAAUGCCCGUGUAGCCUCCCAAAUACGCCACGAGCUGUGAAGAGCUAAAGUACUCGUGUACAGUAAAGAAAGGCUUUGGUGCUGGUGCUUUGGUCACUCCUUGUCCUCUCUCGCUCUCCUUUUUCUCCUGUCCACCAGAACGUUAGCAUUAGCAUGGCUGCCCAUGUCAUAUUUUUGUCAUAUUGUGUUGAUUCAACCGAGACAAUAUUUCAACUUUUUUUUUUUCAUUAUUACUGUGGAAAUGACUGGGGCCUAAAUGCUGUUAAAUGCUUACUGCAAUACAUUUCAUAUUUCGACAUUCAUUGGUCACAAUAUUAUGUACACCUGCACAAAUUAGCUAAAAUAUUUUUUAAAAUACAAUCUUUAUCUGUAUUUUUUUUCUCGUCCUGGCUGAAUUAAAAUUAAUUAAAUAUCUUAUUUCAUUUUUACUCCCCGGUGUUAGAGUUUGGCGCUUUUCAGCACAGAGAUUUCUCCCCCUAGCCCCUCCGUAUUAUGGCAUCAUUUCUGAUCUCGUUUCGUUGUGCAGAUGAUGUAAUAUUGUUGAUUUGGAGGAGGGUCCAUCUUGACGAUGCGGUCGUAGUUCCCACGAGCAAUAAACGGUGGUGCUUGUUGUCGAAACAGGCGUCCCCCGCCGCGAGGGAAUCCGUGGUGAGCUUCAGCAACCUUCAGCCAGAUUGAACGGAGGAGCGACGCUCGAAACUCGUAAACGUUUCACGCCGUCAAUGAAAACGCGUGCAUUCAUUUGAAGUUAUUUUUUUUUUUUGUUAUGUGAAUGGACAUUAAGGAGAGUGAAUAUGAAGUUGGCAGACCCUUGUUUCAAAUGCUUUUAGCAGUAUGCAAAAUGAGUUGAUUGAUUAGUUGGACAAGAAGUCAAGUAGUACAGUUUAUUAACGGUGGAAUAUGUAUUGCAGUCUUGGUCUUUUUUUUUUUUUUUUUUUU